GGUCAGAGAUUUCGAGGACAAAGACCGGAGUCCCAAGGGCCCAAGACAGAGCCACAGAUCGCGGGGAUCCCUGGCCCAGGUCCUGCCCUUCAUCCCAGGCUCCAGGCGUCAUUUCAUCACCCAGACGAUGUCCUUUCAGGAGGAGAGCGCAGGAGUGCAGGUGGACUCUGCAGAUGGGGAAGGGGCCGGAGCCCAGGGCAGCACAGAAGACCCAGCCCAAGGCGCCCUGGAGCCCGGCCAGAGCCCCCCCUCCCUCAGCUUGGCCACGGCAGAUCCAAAAGUGAAGAACCCAGAACCACAGAAAUUCACCUUUCGCGACCGGAACCAAAAUGUAUUGGUGCUGGUCUCUGGGACCCUCAUAGCAGUUCCCCCCAAAAGCUACAUAUGCCCAGAGACCUUCUACGUCUUAGCCUCUCCUCUGAGCUCAGCGGGUGACAAGGGAAACCCCGUUUUCCUGGCCGUCUCAGGAGGAAAGCUGUGUCUUUACUGUGAGAUGGACAAGAAGAAAGGCCGGCCCACCCUCCUGCUGAAGAAGAAGGACAUCUCCCAGCUGCCUACCUCAGACACAAAAGAUUCGAAGGGCUUCACCUUCUACAGGAAGAAGAGGAGGUGCCUGGAGUCGGCGGCCCACCAGGGCUGGUUCAUCAGCACCUGCCAUGCGAAUGAACCUGUCAGAAUGACAGACAAGCCUGGGAGACAGGAGCUCAUCGACUUUACAUUUAUGCCUGUCAGCAAAGCUCACAUGAGCCCCAGUGAGGUCAGCGAGUAG